AUGUCUGACCAAGGAGCUUCCCCAACCCCUUCUGCUCCUCCACCUCCUCCUACUGGACGUCCUCCUAAGGUUGGCAUCCGUGGCCGAGCCUCGGCUCCCUUCGAUAGCUCAAACCUUGAGGCAACAGACAUGCCGGAGUUAGAGUACUUUGUGGCAGCAGGGCCAAGAGGAUACCCUCCUCUGGCAGAAUACCUGGACAUCUGGGAUGUGGACAUGAUGAGGGGGCGUGAUCAGAGCAAUAAGAUUGAACACCACACCAACCUUUACCAGUCUGACAAUCUCAUUGUCCGCCGAGGUCAAGAGUUCACGGUCAAGAUCACCUUCAACCGUCCAUACAAACCUAACCAGGACAAGUUUGCUGUCGAGUUUGUCAUUGGCUCCAGCCCUCAGUACAGCAAGGGCACCUACAUUCCUGUGUUUCCCACCAGAGAACGUCAGAGCACCUGGGAAGGCCGCAUCACACAUACCAAUGACAAUGUGGUCACCAUGGCCAUCACUCCUCUGGCCAACAGCAUUGUGGGCAAAUAUCACAUGUAUAUUGCAGUGCAGACUCCUUUUGGCAUUCGUAGGACAAAGCGGGACAACAGCAGAGAUUUAUACAUCCUUUUCAACCCUUGGGUAGCAGAGGAUGCUGUGUUUCUGGAUGAUGAGGCGGAGAGACAAGAGUGUGUGAUGAAUGAGAUGGGGAUCAUCUAUCAUGGCUCCUACGACGAUGUUUCUGAGAGAAACUGGAACUAUGGACAAUUCAACUAUGGAGUUCUGGAGGCCUGUCUGUACAUCAUGGAUAGGUCUGAGAUGCCACUCACCAACAGAGGAGACCCCAUAAAGGUGACCAGAAAGGCCUCUGCAAUGCUGAACGCACGUGACGAUGAUGGUGUGCUGGUGGGGAACUGGACCGGUGACUACACCUACGGAGUAGCGCCCACUUCCUGGACUGGCAGCACUGACAUCCUGCUUGGCUAUGCCAGCAGCAAGAUGCCAGUAUGCUACGCUCAGUGCUGGGUCUUUGCUGCCGUCUUUAAUUCCUUCCUGCGCUGUCUGGGUAUCCCAUCCAGGGUUGUCACCAACUAUUACUCUGCUCAUGACAACGAUGGAAACCUGAAGAUGGAUAUUAUUUUGAACGAUAACGGCAGCAUUGAUCGAAAACGCACCAAGGAUUCAAUCUGGAACUAUCACUGCUGGAAUGAAUGCUACAUGUCCAGACCAGACCUCCUGCCAGGUUUUGGAGGCUGGCAGGUUGUGGAUGCAACACCACAGGAAACCAGUGAUGGGAUGUACCGAUGUGGACCUGCAUCAGUCCUGGCCAUCAAACAUGGACAAAUUUGCUUUCCAUUUGAUGCACCCUUUGUGUUCGCUGAGGUCAACAGUGACGUUGUGUUUUAUGCACGGAAGAAUGACGGCACCAUGGAGCCAGUUAAACUGAACCAAACUCACGUGGGUCGCAUGAUUUUAACCAAAGCUGCGGGAAGCGAGGGUUGCAGAGACCUCAUUGAUCAAUACAAGUUUCCUGAAGGGAGCCCAGAGGAGCGGACUGUCCUGGCAAAAGCAGAGGAGUUUGGCUGUAGGCGGGAGAAAUCCAGCCCCCCAGAGGCUGAUGUGGAAGUGGUCCUGCCUAACCUGGAGAUCAGUGUUGGGGAUGAUCUGGAGCUCAGUGUGGAGUUUUCAAACUGCAGUGACCAGAAGCGCACGGUGGAAGCCUACGUCAGUGGGAAUGUGGUUUAUUACACCGGAGUCUCCAGCAACGAGUUCUUGUUCAAGACCCCCACUGUGACCAUUCAGGCCAAAAAGAGUGUGAGGGAGCUAAUUACGGUUCAGUCGAAGGACUACAUGGAUCAUUUGGUGGAACAAGCCAACCUCCACUUCAUUGUCACUGGGAAAAUCAAAGAAACUGGCCGUAUCGUGACUGCCAUGAAAAUCAUCGCUCUGCACAACCCCAAACUCACUGUCGAGCUGAUCGGCAGUGCCAAAGUGAAUGAAGAGAUGAUGGCUACUGUGCAGUUUACCAACCCCUUCUCAUUCAACCUGGAGGAAGUGUACCUGCGCAUGGAAGGAGCUGGGGUCAUGGAGCCCAAAUCCAGAUAUUACAGUCUGAUCCCCGGAGGCUCCUCUCUGACCUGGACUGAGAUGUUUUCUCCACAGAGGACUGGGAAAACUAGAGUGAUCGCUACUCUGGACUGUUCUGCUCUCAGACAGGUGUCUGGUCAGGCGUCCAUCACCAUCAAUCCAUGAAGAUAACCAAGCCAUUACUGAUACUCUGUUAAAGCAUACAGUGCUGUGCAGAAGCUUUAAAGCAACCUUUAUUUCCUUUAUUCUUAGCUAAGUAAGUGAAAAAAGAAACCGAGGCCUUAAUUAAAACUUCAGAAAGUAUAGAGAACUGUUGAUACAUUAACAAUUGCAGGAUUACAAUCUCAAGAUGAAGAAAUUAGUGAUGACUGAAAGCCUUUGUACAGUAAAGUGCUUCAGCCUAAUUAGAGGAAUUUACAUUCAUAAGAAUUGACAAUAAAUUUGAUUUUUACCUUUAACAUUCACAUAAUUUCACAAAUACAUUUUAUGUUUUUAGGCAGUAUAGAUCUUGACUUCAGGUCCCUGUUUUGUGUUCUUGUUAUUUGACCACUAGGGGGCAGAGUGACUUUAAAAAUAAAAAGGGAAUUGUGCUAAAUUUUGAACACUUUCUUAUUGGACAAGUUAACAGAAAAAUAAUUUCAGGCACAAUUCUCUUUAAAUAUGCAGCAAGUCCAGUAUACUGCUAUAUGUAUUUAGAAAUAUUUAAGCAGACAUAUAGUCUCUAUGCAAUAUAACAGCACCCAGUUUAUAUCUAUGUGCUUGCUGUGGCAAAGACAAGAGGUAUAAAAGCGGUUGCCUUAAAAAUAUGUACACACAAAAAAAGUAUACCGAAAGCUUUUCUGUACCUUUAUUUGGUUUUUGCAAUUCGUUUUUUUAAUUUUCUGUAAAACCUACAUUAAAUCAUUUCCAUAUGUUAUAUAACUCUGUACUGAAGAAGAUAUAUUUAUAUCAAUCAUCAUAUUCAUCAUCAUCCUUUCUUUGCCUGGGAAUUAAUAAACAAUUCAAAACAAUAAAAUAUUAACAACAGCGA